GGAUACCGUGUAGCUAUGAAGGUCCUCGCUUUUGUCGCCUUGUUUGCCGUGGCCCGCGCCGGUUUCGUGGGUCACCACGGAGCUGUCGUCGGCCACGCUGUCGUCGCUCAUGCUGCUGAAGCUGGACACUCCACUCAGCACAGGUCACAGGACCUUGCAGGCAACUACAACUUCGGCUACAACGAACAGCACACCAGUGGUGGUACCUUCCGUCAGGAGUCCGGCGAUGCUUGGGGCAACAAAGCAGGUUCCUAUGGUCUCCGUGAUGCUGACGGCCGCGUCCGUGUUGUGAAGUAUGUCGCUGACGGUCUUGGCUUCCGUGCUCACGUUGCCACCAACGAGCCAGGAACUGCUGCUUCCACUCCCGCUGCUGCUUCCUACAACGCUGGCCACGCUAAGGUUGCCGUUGCUGCCGCUGCUCCAGUUGCCGCUUACGCCGCCCCAGUUGCCGCUUACGCCGCUCCAGUUGCUGCCUACGCCGCUCCAGUUGCCCGCUACGGUGUUGCUGCACCAGUUGCUGCGUACGGUGUCGGACACUACGGAUACCCAGCUCACGCAGGCUAUGGACACGGUCUGUACGGUGCCGGCUACGGUCUGGUCGGCGGUUAUGGACACGGUCUCUACGGCGGAUACGCCGGCUUCGGCUACGGUCACAAAUACCUGGGUGGUACUGUGCAGACAUUUGCCUUAAAGGGUAUGAGGAAGACCCAGGGAAAACACCCAGACAGCACAGUCGGCGUCCAGAUUCGAACCCAGGUCACCCCCCAGUUUCAGCAUGGAACCACGGGAGCUGAACGAGGCAAACACAUGCUACAGGCAGCAAACAGCUCCUGCACAAUUGCUCGGACAAAUAUGAAGGCAAUCAUCCUCCUCGCUGUUGUCGCCGUGGCGCAUGCCGGCUACUUUGGCGGUCAUGUAGCCCACGUGGCUGCCCCAGCGGUGGCUGCCGCCGCCGAGGCUGGUUCCUCAAACAGCCACCGUGCUCAGGAUCUCGCCGGCAACUACAACUUCGGCUACAACGAGGUGCACACCUCCGGAGGAUCUUCCCGUCAGGAGACCGGUGAUGCUUACGGUAACAAGGCUGGCUCAUACAGUCUCCGCGAUGCUGACGGCCGCGUCCGCGUUGUGAAGUACGUUGCUGACGCUGCUGGCUUCCGUGCCUCUGUCUCCACCAACGAGCCAGGAACUGCUCCAUCCACUCCAGCUGCUGCUGGCUACAACGCCCCUGUCGUCGCCCCAGCCCCAGUUGCCGUGGCUGCGGCCCCACUUUUCGGCAAGGCUUACGCUGCUCCAGUCGCUGCUUAUGCCACUGCCCCAGUCGCUGCUUACGCUGCCCCAGUUGCUCCAGUUCACGCUGCUCACGUUUACGGCGCCGCUGUCGGCGGUCCAUUCUACGGUGCUGCCGUUGCCCCAGCCGCUAAGGUCUACGGAGCUGGUGCCUACGGUGCUUACGGCCUUGGUGGCUAUGGCCUUGGCUACGGCGCACAUGUGAAGCACUUCUUCUAAGUUAUUCUGGUCUAGGUCUAUGAAACAUGUUCGUUCUUUGCUCAUUUCUGCUCAUCUGUGCUCUGUCUCGUCCUGUGUGAUGUCCAUUUCACUAAGUGUGGCUUCUACUGCUGUAAAAAGUGUACAAAACAGUAUGUUGCAUUGAAAUAAACACGGUGCCGUGAA